AUUUAUUUAUUAGUGCAACUGUAGUGCAGUGCAUUAGAGUAAACGAAACAAUGGCUGGGGUUCAGGGCAUGUCUCAACUGGUUGGGCCAGAUCAAAUGAAACAACUUAAAGAAUUUUUAAACACAUACAACAAAAUAACUGAACAAUGUUUUGCGGACUGUGUCAAUGAUUUUGGCAGUAGGAAUGUUUUGUCAAAAGAAAGCACAUGUAUUUCAAACUGUUUGCAGAAGUAUUUGAAAACAACUUCACGUAUUGGACAAAGAUUUGAGGAACAUUUUAUAGAGCAAAAUGAAGCUCUCGCUGCACAAGCAGGGUUUCUAAAGAAGCCUGGCACAUGAUUAUAGCAUAUAUAUUGCUGUUUAAAUUUCAAAUGUGUUAAUACAUUAAUAUGAGGUUUUAAAUAUAGGAAAAUGACUGUAGCGAUCGGGAUAGGAAAUUGUAUGUGAUUGGAUUGAAUAAAAAUAUAAUUUUUAUGAAAUAAUUCAAAACAUUUUGGGACUAAAGUUUUCUGUUUUAUAUUGGUAUAUUUUGAGAGUUUAUUUCUUGAAUUAUACAUUCAUCAUCAACACUAUUGUUGACACUAUUGUGUUCCUCUAUUGAUAUCAUGGUUGAUUAGUUAAAUUGUAUUUCAAACAAAUCUUUCAAAGUGUCAAUGCUAUCUGGAGAGAAACUUUUGUGACUUCACUGUGCUCUUCUCAAUUGAUCAGCUAAGCUGAGUAGCAGUCGUGCUAACAAAUGUGGGAAUUGCAAAUUAAGUAUCUAUUGUUCUAAUUGCUACAAUCCAUAUGAAGUUCCACAUCCAUGAAAUGUAUUAUGACAUUUGUGUUAGAUUAGAAUGCAUAAGGGAGAAAAUUUAUAUACAAAAUGUUGCAUUCUUGUUGACGUUGAUUUUGUGUGUGUCAUAUUUUGGAGUAACAUGUUAUAUAAAUAGGAUUUAAACAUAGU